CCGGUUCCACAGGCGCGCCUGCCGAGCGCCGAGCAGCCGAUAGACAUGGCGGUCGCGGCCCUGUGAGGGGCCGAGCAGGCCCAGAGCGCGGGUGGCCGACGAGACCGGAUUUCGCGCCCCGACCGAGCGGGUACUGAGUGCUGUUGCUGGGGGGCUCUCUCGGCAGCGAGUUCCUUCUGCUCCAGAGAGAAAACUUCACCCAGGACCGUAACACUACUUCCCUGUCAUCCAUGUGCUGGUUGGCUCAGCUAAUGUUCCAGGAGCCCUGGUCUGGGGAGGAAUCAAGCUAACUGUUGGUAUGAGGCCCUUGCCUUCCUGGAAUUGAGAGCCCACUGCCAUGGCUUCUCUGGAUGACCCAGGGGACGUGAGGGAGGGCUUCCUCUGCCCGCUGUGCUUGAAGGACCUGCAGUCUUUCUAUCAGCUCCAGACACAUUAUGAGGAAGAGCAUUCGGGGGAAGACCGUGAUGUCAAAGGGCAGAUUAAAAGUCUUGUCCAAAAGGCUAAGAAAGCAAAGAAUAAGUUGCUGAGACGGGAAGGGGAUGAUCGAGCAGAGUCAGGGGCCUCAGGAUAUGAGUCCUUCAGCAAUGGAGGAGUUGACCCUUACAUGUGGGAGCCCCAGGAGCUGGGAACAGUGAGAAGCCAUCUUUCUGACUUCAAAAAACACCGCGCUGCCAGAAUUGACCACUAUGUUGUUGAAGUCAAUAAAUUAAUAAUCAGGUUAGAGAAGCUCACGGCAUUUGACAGAACCAACACUGAGUCGGCAAAGAUUCGAGCAAUUGAAAAGUCUGUGGUGCCUUGGGUCAACGACCAAGACGUCCCUUUCUGUCCCGACUGUGGGAGCAAGUUCAGCAUCCGUAACCGCCGCCACCAUUGCCGCCUCUGCGGCUCCAUCAUGUGUAAGAGGUGCAUGGAGCUCAUCAGCCUGCCCUUGGCAAAUAAGCUCACCAGUGCCAGCAGAGACACCCUGAGCACCCACACCAGCCCCAGCCAGUCUCCUGGCAGUGUACAUGGCUCGCGCCGUGGCAGCAUUGGCAGUGUGAGCAGUGUGAGCUCCGUGCUCGAUGAGAAGGAAGACGAGCGCAUCCGCUGCUGUGGGCACUGCAAGGACACACUGCUGCGCAAGGAGCAGCAGAUGGAUGAGCGUGAGCACACGCCUGCCAUCACCAGGCUCUAUGAGAAAUUGCGGCUGUGCAUGGAAAAGGUGGACCAGAAAGCCCCGGAAUACACACGGAUGGCCGCAUCCUUGAAUGCCGGGGAGACUACCUAUAGCCUGGAGCAGGCCAGUGACCUCCGCUUGGAGGUGCAGAAAGUAUAUGAGCUCAUAGAUGCCCUGAGUAAGAAGAUCUUAACUCUGGGCUCGAACCAGGACCCCCCACCACACCCCAACAUGCUGCGGCUGCAGAGGAUGAUCCGCUACUCAGCCACACUUUUCGUGCAGGAAAAAUUGCUGGGUUUGAUGUCACUGCCGACCAAGGAACAGUUUGAAGAGCUCAAAAAGAAAAGGAAGCAGGAUUUGGAGAGGAAGAGGAUGCUGGAGAAACAGGAUGCCCUGGAAUCACAGCGCAGGCUGGAGGACAGGCACCAUGGCCCAGCAGCCAACGGAGACGUGGCUCCCGCGAGAAAGGCUGAGGGCUGGCUUCCACUGCCAGGGACGCAGGGCCAGUGUGAGGACCUUGACCCCCUUCUGCAGCAGAUCCACAACAUUGAGUCAUUCAUCAAGCAGGCCCAAGCUGCCGGCCGUGCAGACGAGGUGCGUACCCUGGGGGAGAACCUGCGGCAGCUACAGGAUGAGUACGACCAGCAGCAGACAGCCAAAGCCAUUGAGCUGUCCCGCAGACAGGCCGAGGAGGAGGCCCUGCAGCGUGAACAGCUGCAGAGGCUGCAGGAGCGAGAGUGGGAGCGGGAUCGGGUCGCCUCCCUGCACUCUCGGACCCGGGCCCAAGACUCAAGGGAGGCUGCACCAUUCCUGCUGGAGCCCAGUUGGGGCCCUUGCUCACACCCAGCCUUCACACUGGAACUAGGACCUUCUCCAGGCCUGGGCAGCAUAGCCUCUGAGAUGCCCUCACCAAAUGCCACAUGGGCCCUGGGCCAGGGGAGCCUCCCCCAGAGCACUGAACCUCAGCAGAGCGACAAUGCUCUUAACUCCUUCAGUGGGGAUGGCCUCUCCAGCCCUACUGCUGUGCAGGCCACGCUCCCCAGAGAGUACAACCCUUUUGAGGAGGAAGAGGAAGCCGAAGAAGAUGCACUAGCCUCAGCCAUGGCCACAGGGAACCCCUUCAUCAGCCCUGACAGCCCAGCACCUAAUCCCUUUGAUGAGGAGGAUGAUGACCACAGCAGGCCCAACUGGAGGCCUGCCAGUCCACCUGUGCCAGGCAACCCCUUUGAGGAGCCUACCAGCACCAACCCCUUUGAGGUGGACAGUGACAGUGGCCCGGAAGCCAUGGAGCCCAUUGAGGAGGACCUACUCCUGCAGCAGAUCAACAAUAUCAAGGCCUACAUCUUUGAUGCCAAGCAGUAUGGCCGCCUGGAUGAGGUGGAGGUGCUGACUGAGAACCUUCGAGAGCUGAGAUGCACUUUGGCCAAGCAGAAGAGGGGCCCAGAGUGAUAGUGGGGAGCAGGGCAUGCAGCCCAGGUGCUGCUGUCCAUACCAGAUGUAUCUCCAUGACAUUGGCUAACACAGAAACUCCUGAGGGACUAGCCUUCACUCAGUGGCUUUUCCUACAUGCCUUGUUUUUUCUUGGGGUUUUUCCUUUCAAGGACUUUGCAUUUUUUCUGGGAAGCUGUAACUUGGUGCAGCUACCUGGGCCAAAGUGGACAUGGCCACUGGCACCUCAUAGUUCCGUCUGUUAUGCAGCCUUCGAACGACCUCUGAAGGGCAGGCAUCCUGGAUCCCCCAGGUUGUGCUGCUAUGGCAAAAGCUUGUGCCCACUAGGCUGUGAGUCCUUGGCUUUUCUAGGGUCAAUUCUGGGGACCAGUGCUGUGGUGGAGGGAACAGUGGAGCAGUGGCCAUACCUUGGAGGACAUGCUGCCAGUGUCCCCUUUGUUCUCGGGCUACAAUGUGGCUCCCAGUGCAUUAUGCACUGUGACUUGUCCACAAGCCUGCAGGAAGAGGCACAGUUAAUGUCUUGGUCUCUGUUAAUGUAUCUGGGAGAAGUUCCACCUGGACGCAGCCCUGAGCCAGGCGUCAGGAAAGGGGUAGUGUGUAAUUCCAGAGAUGUUGAACAGAGGACUCUUUGGAGAAUUGCCAAGAGAACAAGGCCUUCUCUGAGGCUGAGAGUAGAGUCUAGCAAGCUCUGUGCUCUCUGGCCAGCAUCUUCCCCCUUGGGCCAUCCUAGCUGGGGUGCUGGUGAGUGUUUUCCUCAUCAGUGUUAGUAUUAAGGAACCAAACUGUUCAGAGGGCCAAGCAGCACCCUGCAUUGGCCUCUGGCAUUUGGGUCUUAGGGCAGAAAAGUCAGCUGCCCCUGUGGUUCUGGUGCUCUGGUGCGCAGGAGCUGGACCCUGGACCAACCCAGCACCUCACGGCUCUGAACAGUGUGCUGCAGGGAGCCUGGUAAUGAACAGUAACUUCACUCGCCACUUUAUACCCUUGCCUCCCUCAGGGCCAUGCUUCCUCCAGGUUAUGAGGGUGCCAUAUAUCCACUUGCUGCUGGAGUGGAGGAGCUCUGGUGGAAAGGUUCCACUGAGUCUCUUGACUGAAUAGAGACAAGUUCUGGAUGUCGGAGGGGUGGGAUAUAGGGGACGCUGGCAACUGGGCUGUGUUCAUGAAGAAUGCAGCCCCACUCUGCAUGGUGAGCAGUGUCAGGCAUACAAGAUGUUGCUUGCUGCAGGCCUCUCUCCUUCCCCAGGCAGGGUCCAAGCCCUCUUGGGCUGUGGUGCUGGGGCUCGGAGGUGCCAACUCACUGCUCUCUGCUUACUCCAUUUCUCUCUUGAAGCCGGUGGCCUUCGGCCCCAAAAGAAGCUAAUGUAGCUUGCGAUCAGCACUUUCUGCAGGAGCCUGCACUCUCCAUCAGUGGGGUUUCGUUGGAGACGACUCACCUCUGCUGCUUCCUGAAACCAGCACUAGGUAGCAAUCUGCAAGGAACGAAGUAUUGGAGACACACACAGAACAUUUUUAAAAACUUAAGAAAUUAACUCUCUGAACAUACUAAUCCAAACUAAAGUCAGAUCCCUCAGGUUCUGUAGAACUGUCCAGUGGCUGUCGUCUUCCAGUCUCGGUCUCUAUCCCUUGAGCCUGUGGAGGACAGGUGACAGUGGAGGAGAGACAGCUGUGUGCUCCACCUGUGUGGAUGCCUUGCCUUUCCUCAGCCAUGGUCACAGAGCUGGCAGAACCCGCAGUGGCCCUGUCUGGUUGUGUGUGAACAAAUCUGUGCUCAGGUUUGUAUCUCCCCAUCUAAUACACUAAGGAUACUCCUACUUUUAGCCCAGUGUCUGUUGUUCUGAUGCCAAGCAUCUUUGGUGUCAUCGAGAGCUACAUGGUAGUCAGGUGCUGGAACACAGUGAGAAAUGGGCUAGAUCCUCUGGUCACAAGACAGUGCUGUGCACACACCACUCUGUUCCUUGUGUCAGAACCAUUUUUGAAAAAUAAACAGCUAUGAGUGGUGGGUGUUUAUGUGCAUGUA